UACAUGAUGAAUCGACGCGCUCGCCUGGCGUUCAAGUAUCGCAGAAGGUUGGAAGGAGAAGAAUACUCGAUCGCUAUCUACAUCCGUUGCAGGUAAAGGGAGAGUUAGGAAAGGAUCAAGAAGGACAGGAUGAGGUUCGUGAUGGAAUUCGCGGAGAAUCUGAUCCUGCGGAUGAUGGAGGACCCUCGGAAGCGGGACGAGGCGCAGCGGAAGCACAUCUACGAGAUGCGGGAGCGGUGCGAGAAAACAAAGGCCAACUGGAGCCUCCCCCUCCGCCCCUACGGCUUCUGGACCUUCGAUCGCUUCAACGCCCAGCUGAGAAGCGACCCCCAGAUCAGCCAGGCAUUCGGCCGCCGCGACCCCUACGACGACCUCCUCCUUGACGAGCCCUCCGAUGUCCCUCCCUCCCGCUCGUCCUCUAAAUGAUCUGGUCCAUCGAUCGGUACUUUUCUUAGCCUUUUGUGACAACUUCGCUCAAAGACAAUAACAUAAAUGUUUGUUCAGUUUGGAUGAAGCCGUGAACAAUCCUGUGUGUCUAUGCAAGAAGACAUAAGCAUGAUCAUAUGAGCUGGCUGUAAUGAACCAUGUUUUGUACUUGUCAAAAUGUUCUGCAUUUGGCUACAGUCUCUUAAUAAGUACACUCAUUUGGCUGUGUCAAAACAAGUGUUUUGCUUUUACCUUUAAUAUAUCGCAGCAAUGUUGAGGAAA